UCUUCAAGCUUUUAAAGAGACACGCAUCAUAUGACUUUGACAGUAGUUGUCAACUAGUGAAACCAUAAACAAAAAGUAGUUGAAGUAGAUAUUUUAAUAAAAUUAAAACUAUAUAUAGCAUUGUGAAUAAUUCUAAAAUAUAAUCAUCGCCUUAAAAAAGCCCAUUUUUUAUAUAUCAGCGUUUUAAUAUAUGUAAUUAACCUAGAAUAUACAACAUGACAAAAGUGUUGAUAAUUGUGUCUCUUAUAUUCAAAAUUUUUAUAAACAACGUGAAUGGGGCUGCUUCAGAUAUUCAACUUGAUGCUAAAGCUCAAUCUACUCAUAUUAUAGAUAGCUUGAAUUUGCUAUCAUACACCCUAUUGCUUAUAUUAACUGUACUUACAAUUUGGCUGUUUAAACAUCGUAGGUUUAGUUUUAUACAUGAGACAGGGCUUGCUGUUAUAUAUGGCCUUAUAGUGGGAGCUAUCAUAAGAUACUCAGGCAGCACAUCUCAAGUAUUGAAUAUGCAAGUGUUUGUAGAUGAAUCCAAGUAUAACUCCAGCCUACCUCCUGAUACCCUAUCUCUUCAUAUGCCCAAACCGUAUUCAAAUAAAAACAUGACUUUUCAAUAUGUAUUUCGUAAUGAAAUUGAUGGGGCGCAAGAAAAUGAGAUAGAUUUAAAAGCUACAUUCGAUCCGGAAAUUUUUUUUAACAUCAUUUUACCGCCUAUUAUCUUUCAUGCUGGUUAUUCCUUAAAGAGGAAAUAUUUCUUUCGUAACCUGGGCGCAAUACUAACAUUUGCAAUAAUCGGUACUACAGUAUCGUCUUUUAUUGUUGGAGCACUGAUGUAUGGUUGCGUGCAUCUAAUGCCCCCCAGAUUGGCAAAUAGUUUUACAUUUCUAGACACACUUUACUUUGGAGCACUAAUUUCUUCUACUGAUCCCUUGACAAUCUUAGCUAUUUUUAACGAUUUGAAUGUAGACGUUAACUUGUAUGCCUUAGUUUUUGGUGAAAGUGUUCUUAAUGACGCUGUAGCUAUUGUUCUUAGUGGGUCCAUUCAGCAUUAUGGUAAGAGGUACCAAUUAGGUACUGGUGGAUUCGAAAUAAAGGCAUUUUUCCAAGCGGUAGGUGAUUUUUGUGGAAUAUUCAUGCUUUCGUUACUGAUAGGAGCUGUUAUGGGUUGUAUCACAGCACUGUUGACUAAAUAUACCAGAGUACGAGAUUUUCCACUACUCGAAUCAGCCUUAUUCGUUCUUAUGUCGUACAGCACUUUCUUGAUUGCAGAAGCUUCAGAUUUAACAGGAGUUGUGGCUGUGCUUUUUUGCGGAAUAUGCCAAGCCCAUUAUACAUACAACAACUUGUCAGAAGACUCUAGAAUUAGAACUAAACAGAUGUUCGAGUUGCUCAAUUUUCUAGCUGAAAAUUUUAUAUUUUCGUACAUAGGCGUUUCGAUGUUUACAUUCCCAAAACACCACUUUGAUCCACUUUUUAUAUUAACUGGAUUUAUAUGUGCUGCUGUUGGAAGAGCUGCAAAUGUAUACCCACUGUCGUUCUUGUUAAAUUUAGGAAGACGCCCAAAGAUACCAUUAAAUUUUCAACAUAUGCUGUUCUUUGCAGGUCUAAGAGGGGCAAUGUCAUUUGCUUUAGCAAUAAGAAACACACGUUCAGAAGCGAGACAAGCAAUGCUUACUACAACUUCCCUUAUUGUAAUAAUAACAGUAAUUAUUCAAGGUGGAGCAACAAUGAACCUGCUAAGGUGGUUGAACAUACCAUUGGGCAACGACGAGGAAACAGAAGCUCUCUCUCAAAAUGGACUGCAUAGUGUAUAUAAUUCAAUGGAACGUGGCAUUGUGGGGAAUACCACACCUAGAAAUGAAUGGAACGAACCUUUUGGUGAACCAGAAGCUCCCAAACCAAACGAAAAGGCUGUGCUUGCUAGAAUUUGGGGUUCAUUUGAUACAAAGUAUAUGAAGCCAUUACUGACACAUUCUAAGCCAACACUGCUAGAGACCCUGCCAGUUUGCUGCAAUCCAUUGGCCAGAUUGCUGACCACUACAGAGCAAUUGACUCAGGAGUCUUCGAAUUUAAAAAAUCGUGACUCAGACUCUGAUCUUUGUAUUGAAGAGAAUGACUUCUCCUCUAGUUCAAGAAUAAAUACUAGAGUAAGUCUUUACCAAUAAAUGCUAUAAGUGGACAUCAAGUUUGAGAAGAUUAUAUACCUUACUUAUCCUUAAAGUUUCUAGUCAUUAUUCAUAGUUGUAAGCAUCCUACUUGUAUAUCUUAGUCAUAGUAUUUACCAUAUUUGAUAUCAGCUAUAUCUCAAAUUACGAAAGAGGUUUAUAUGAAUAUAAUUUAUUUUUGAAUGAUUUUAAAGAGUUAGAUACAUAUAUACAUAUGUAAAAGUUUUCAUUUAGUGGACAUAAUUGAAAUAUGAGAGUAAAAAUCAGUAUUAUAAAAUGUAAUAACUAUAAGAGAUACAGACUUCAAUCGAAGGCUAAAAUAAAGAGGUACUCAUACAGAAGCAAUACAUCAAGAAAAAUAUUAUCAACUGAGAUUGUACCUAUGUAGGAUUUUUAGGAGAGUUUCUGUGAUAAAACAGCUUAUAAAAAGCGUAUUCGUUCAUUGUGAAAGUUAUUAAAAAGAGUUUUUAUUUAAUUUGUAGAGGAUUUUCUAAGAUCUGAAUUUUUUGUUAUUAAACAUCCUGUUUUGCAUGAAAUAUAUUGUAGAUUUUGUUGAAUAAAAUUCUAUGUGUUUAUCCAAAA